UUAUUCCAAAGAUUUGGCAGGCAAUUGUCUCCUCGUCGGUGGAAUGAUGUCAAUUUAUGUUUGCUUUGAUUUGGAAAUUGAAAUUAUGCUGUAUUUCCCAUCGCUCCCUUCUACUUGAAGUUUUUGUCUGUUUCCUAUGAACGCUACGGUGUCUUUCAAUUCAGACAAAGUUCUUAGCUCCGGUGAAGUUCCCGGAUUGGAAUGGGAUGCGGAAGCUAGCCAGGCGGCUAACCAUGGACCAAGAGCGGGACGCUUGUGACUUUGUCUAUUAAUCUCUGCUAAGUAAGGUGACUUGACAUGCUUUGCAUUGUUAAGCACAUGCUUAAAAGUAUCCAACUGCGUCAGUGCUUGAAUUGCUACGCACACGCCCUGGCCAAAACAUGAAUGGUUUCUUAGCAUAUUUGUCCAAUAAAUCCUCCUCACUUUUCAACGAGGGGCUUUACAGUCUGGCUUUAGCUGCAUAUUGCAUACGUAUAUAAAUAUAUAUAAUAUAUAAAACAAUGGCCAACAGUUAGAUAAUAAACUAAGAUUGCGACCUCUUAGCUCUCAGUAAAGAAAUGCUACAUAUUAUACAGCACCAGCGUCCGGUGCUAUACUAAUAAGAGUAAACGACACCCUGUAUCCGGGAUUCCUCGUCAGUUGCAUGGGAAAAUAAGCAAUGGGUGGCUCUGUGUCCUGCUGCUUCUCUCCGGGAGAGAGUCCCAAGAUCCACAGGAGAGAGUUGGAGUUGGAGGAAUGUCCUUUCACUGCAGAGGAUGUGAGUGAGGACACUGGCACCUACUUGCAGCACAUCAGUGACCGAGAGCUCCCCGACGAGCUGGCCCAAGAAGCCAACCCGUCAGACCAUCCCAGGGCCAGCACCCUCUUCCUCAACAAGUCUCAAACCGAUGUGCGAGAGAAAAGAAGAAGCACCCACACAAACCAUCAGAUGUCCCCUGCCCUCCUGAGAAGGAAAUGCAGCUCUUGCUCCACCAUCUUCCUCGAUGACAGCACAGUCAGCCAGCCAAACCUCAAGAACACUAUCAAAUGUGUGGCCUUGGCAAUAUACUAUCACAUCAAAAACAGGGAUUCCAAUCGCUCACUGGACAUAUUUGAUGAAAAGAAACAUCCUCUGUCUCGCGAGAAAGUUGCAGACGACUACUCCGUGGUGGACCCCGAGCACAGGCUCAUCUACCGCUUCAUACGCACCCUUUUCGGCUCGGCUCAGCUCACCGCAGAGUGCGCCAUUGUGACGCUGGUGUACUUGGAGCGGCUGCUAACUUAUGCAGAGAUUGACAUUUGUCCUUGCAACUGGAAGCGGAUCGUCUUAGGUGCCAUCCUUCUGGCUUCCAAAGUCUGGGACGACCAGGCGGUAUGGAAUGUCGACUACUGCCAGAUCCUCAAAGACGUCACUGUGGAGGACAUGAACGAUAUGGAGCGACACUUCCUUGAGUUGCUCCAGUUCAACAUCAACGUACCGGCCAGCGUCUAUGCCAAGUAUUACUUUGACCUGCGUUCUCUCGCCGACGACAACAACCUUGGCUUCCCCUUGGAGCCUCUCAGCAACAAGAGGGCCCAAAAGCUGGAGGCGAUCUCCAGGCUGUGCGAGGACCGGUACAAGAACCUGAGCAAAUCCACUUUGAAAAGGUCUGUCAGUGCAGACAACCUAGUUGGUAUGAAGAACUCAAAGGCAGUACUGUCCUAAUUUUACAGCAGCCGUGCUGGAACCCGUAAGGAACUGAAGCACCAUUUUAAAGUAGCUCUAGUUUUAACAUUCAGUGAAAUACUUUGCAGAUUUCAAAGCGGUGAAGGCAAUCAGCAUGAAACCACGCAAACAGUCGGAUGCAAUGAUGAUGGUGGUGGUGGUUUCUCGCUUGGGAUCAUAAGUAGACUGUGCCUUGCUUACCAUGUAGGCAAUUGUGGAUGUAAACUGUAUCAAAUGAAUGAAUAUUGACGAUUUCGGCAUCCAACUUUGCUGACUUGUGCUUGUAUGAAACACUGGUAGGUAGGUCUGUGGCUCCCCGGAAAACACACCAUCUUCCCAUUACUGCCUUACUCGGGUUUUGAUGCACAAAAAACACUUUUCUGGUUGCCAAUAUUAAGAAGAAGCGACAAAUGGUACUGACCAGUGGUCGCCGGUUACCGCUGGGCACCGGUAAGUUGCCAAACAUGGACUUUAGGAAGUCCAUAGCAACCCGAGUCCAUAUAUCUCUCUGGAGAAUGUUUCCACUUCUAAUUCUGGGAUGACUUUGGUGAUUGGUAUCAUUACAUUGUCAUCUUUGGUGCGCAAGCAAACUCCGGUGUCUGAUUAUUGGUGCAAUGCGCAGUUCUGUGCCUGCGUCCCAAAGUAUCUCGGUACCGGGGGGCGCUACAUCUUCAUUAGGAUCAACACUCGCAACAAGCACUUCAGCGUGGGGCUUCUGUGGCUGGUCAGUAGAUGCGACGCCUGUGCAACGCAGCUACGAUUAAGGAGCACGUGACAUUCUCCUGGGAAGAGAACAGGCUUGUAUUUGGGCCCCCAUCUGUUAUCAUCACAUUGUGUGUGCUGGCCAUCUGCUACUGCUACGCCUGCAUGUACCUGACGAAGCUCGGCAUCACCCUGACCCUGAGAUGCAGUAACCAUUGGCCAACUGUAUUGCGAGUUUAUACUUUUUAAUGUUCUUGCUAGAGCUGGUGCCCCUUGUCUGCUUCAUCAUCCUCACCCUGAUGAGGGAAGGAGGAGCGGACCACCAGUACCCUGUGGACUCCACUGCCUUUCUGAUCAUCCAGCAACCUGCAGUUAAAGCGGCUGCUCCCAAACGCGUGCCAACGUCGCUACUCCAGAACAAGACCACCAGUGCAGAUGCUGGAGUCCAAGGUGUAGGUGCACGACUUGGGAGAAUUCAUGUACGCGCCAUAAAUUAGAGAUGUGCGAGUCUUGAUCGAGUUGGUCAAAACCCGCAAAUUUUGCUCAGAAUUGUGAUUCGCAGUGCCCGUCUCUACUGCUAGCUAAAAAAAAAUUUUAAAAAGGAAACCAGUUGGCAUGUAACUAAUUGUGCCACUGUUACUCUAACUGCAGGUUAGUUAGUUAGUUAUGAAAUAAAAUAUGAAAAAAUUGAAUGUGUAUCUACGCAUACUAGUCUUAUUCUACCUCCUUCAUUUUUCACCCGGUUCACACCAUUCAAGCAUUAAGUCUACAAGAGCCGACUCAUGUUGUUGGGAGCCAUGAGACCAAUGACUGUUGUGUCGUCCGCAAACCUUUCAGGAGUUUCACAGAACGGUCCUCUGAGGUGCAAUCGUCCGUUCGUUCAACAAGAGGAACAAUUCACUCGCUCCUCCCACGAGUUUCAUUGACUCACGGGUGAAACUUGUGGCGCAUGUGCAAGUUUCUGUGCAUGCUCUUACCUUGCGCAUUUGGCUCAUGAGAACUCGAGUCAGUAAAAGGAAUCGAGUCCCCCCCCCAGCACUAGUGCACAUGGCCUAACUAAACACACAACCAUAGACAUAUAUAGACGCCAAAUUGACUGGGUUUGUCCACUGCUGCGAUAAGUCACCGUCGCCGCCAUAUUGGAUGUUUCAAGGCUGCGCUCUAAAUGACUACACGUAAAUAUAUAAGUACAUUGUUUUUGGUGCCUUACUGUUUCCCGAGUAUAUUAGUACGCGUGUGAACGUACAAACGAGAGGAAUUAACAUUUAUUUGUAGAAAGGCGCCAAUGUACGUACCGGUACAUUGACUUGUAUUCAUUUAUUGCGCAGCUUUGACCCAUCCAACAUGGCGGCAACGUUGACGUGUCGCCGCAGUGGACAAACCCACUCAAUGCGGCGUCUGUCUGUCUAUGAACACAACACCCCUCUCACCAACCCAUCAACAACAGAGCGUGUCAUUGGUUUCCUCCUAACAGAAUACACAGCAACCUAUCACACUUCAGAAUAUGCUUCCAUAUAGCCAACAGGUGGCAGCACUCCCUAAAAGUUUCAAAGCCCCCCAUAAUUGAUACAUUUUUUAAUGCAAGAAAUUAGUUCCGGCUUGAACAAACCAGCAAAACUAUGACUCGGUGUGUCGAAAUGGUUUCUAUUAGCCUCCAGGCGGAAGCCAUAUGUCAUUGCUUCCGUUCAGCCAAGGUAAGAUGGAGGAAUACGUUAGCAGAGAAUUUCUCAGGUAUGAAAAAGGAAAUUAAUGUCAGUAAUUGAUCAUUCUGGAACAUUACCUACGUUUGCUUAAGAGGAAGAAAACGCAAUAUUAUAGUUGCUUCAUUUAAAAGAUGACUUCAGACCGCUACGGUGAACGUUGCAUAUGGAAGACGUGCUAACAUGCUGGACUAUCAAGAAAUAAGUACCACAUAUGCUGCAGAUGUGAAUGCAGUUUGAAUAUAGCAGCUCCAUACUGAGCCCCAUAUUUUGCCACAGUAUCAGUACAACGUUGUUUUAACUUAAAAUAAAUACAGGUAUAGGCAAAUGUCAGUGACAGGUAGUGAUGGGAAUUUCGGCUUUUUUAAGGGAGGCGGUUUGUUUUGGCUGGGUUCCCUAAAUAGAGCCGACGGCUUCUGCUAUUUUUUUUUCUUCAAUUGAUUUCUUGCCAAAAUACGUGUAAAAUGAAAUUCCAAAGUAAAAAAUAAUGUAAUGAUAUCAAUGUUAAUGUGUAAAUGGCUUCAUUUAUACUGUAUGUUCCAACAUGGAACACAUUGACAGUGAAACAACACAGCGUCAACAUAACAUAACGCAGCGUCUAGAUUUUGGCUCGUCUUUCGUGAAGAUUGGAAUUUGGAAGCACAAAGUGUUUUAGCUUCUUUUUAUUUUUUCUCUCUCAUUUUCUUCACCUUUCCAAUUUGCUUGUGUUUGUGUAACUCAUUAAAUUUGAACGGAAAAUAAAACGACGACUCGUUCAUUUCAGAGAGCCAUGUAUAAGUGCCGUUUCGUUCACAAACAACUCAUCACUUGUGGCAGGCAGAAAUAAAUUAACUAUUUGCAUUUUGGAAAUACACUAUGUAAGAAGAAAGGGGCACAAGGGCUCACACACAUUCAAGUCAAUUUGGUGCGCACCGUUUAUAUUUUCAAUAACAAAUAACAUUUGGAGGGUUCAGUUUGAUUAAUAAUUAAUGGGGCCUAAAAGAACAUUUAGGAGUGUGCCUGUGUAGUAUAUUCUCAUUCAUCCAGGUCACUAUUCUCAGGGCAUUGAAUCGAUCACAGCUGGAAUUGUUCAGGUUGUUUUAGAAGACGUUUCAUCUACGUUAAGGUUAAGAAGCCAUCUGUGAACAGAGGGGGAGGUCUGCAACACCACAUUUCUCUCACAUACAAUGCCGUCCUUUCAUCCCAUCCUAAAAGAUUAAAUCAUUUUGCCUCGAACAAAUAAACAAGGCGCAGCCCCCUUGGUUUCAGGUGGGUCCAUGACCAGUAUUACAUCUGAAUGGAAUGCUAGCAAAGGUGAUACCACCCAAAACAUCGUGGUUGGCGGGCAGAGGCCCCACUCCGUUGUAUCCUAACGGCAGUCAUAUGACACCAUAAAAAAGCGAAAUCAUUCCUUUAGAGCAGGGGUCACCAACCCUUCAAUCACAAGCCACCAGUCGAUCUUUGGGAAUUUGCUGGUCGAAAAAAAAAAAGAAAAAAAAUGUAUUUUUACAUUAGUGCCCUCCCCUCCCAGAGUGUCCAACAUGCAUGUUGACCACUGAACACACCUGUACACCCUGCUGCUCUCCAGGCAUGCAACCCGCAAGCUCCAGCCAGGAACCCAGUUGAA